AUGGCCGAUGACGGUUAUGAUUCCCCUUUAACGGACCUGGAAGACAGUACUAGUAGUAGUAGCGGGUAUAGCAGCCCAGAGGAGACGUUCAGUGAAUCAAGCGGUAGUGAAUAUGGCGGAGAGACAUAUAAGCAACAACCCGCGAAGAAGCGCGUUAGGGCAGCUAAAGCUCCCGUCACGAGAGUAGCAUCAGCAGCAAAAGGCUCUGGCAGAAAAAAGAAAACUCUUGAUCUCAUUGUCACUAUGCCGAUUGACAUUCUCCUUGAAAUCUUUAGCCUUUUGGAUCCGGCAGACCUCUUGUUUCUGUCACGCACGACCAAAGCUUUCCGGAAGGUUCUCUUAUCUAAAAAUGCAAACUCAGUCUGGAAAGCUGCCCGCGUCAAUCGUGGCAAUGUUCCCGACUGCAUGCCUGGCAUGUCCGAGGUCAAAUGGGCUAACUUGCUUUUUGGUGGUUCUCAGUGUUGUGUGUGUGGCACCAAGGGAAUUAUGCGAAUAGACUUCGGCAUCGGGCGCAGAGCAUGUACCUCGUGCCUCAAGAAGAACCUGGUCUAUAAGCCCAACUUUCCAUCAAAAUUUCCUGACUUCGAUCCGGUCAUCAUGGAUUUAAUACCAUUCACUAAUAUCGGUGGAUGGGCUCAUGGCAAUGCCAGUGGAAGCAAGUUUUUUUGGUCAGACGACGUAUUGAGAAUGGCAGUACAGUUGGGGGUGUACCAGAAAGGUGUACACAUGUUCAAACCAGGUGCCAAGAAAGCACUUGAAGACUUCAAGCAAUCACGCAAGGAAUUCGUUAAUUCUGUUGUCCAUCACACUGCGUUCUGUAAUGCGUGGGCCGAUAGGGACCGCAACCGCCAUCUCUCGUCGGCUAUCGAUAUUCGCAGCCAAAACAAAGUGCUGAUUAAAGCUAGAUUAGUCCAUCUCGGCCACGAUGCUGAGGAUGUGAGGCGCAUGUUCGAUGAUCGUGACUAUCGUAACCAUGGCGGGUGCAAGGAGCUUACCGAUGCACGGUGGAAGCGUUUGCUCCCAAGAAUCGAGCGUUCACUUGCUGAAUCGAAGGAAAAGUGUCGUCUCGACGACCAAAGAUAUGCAUCGUCUCGCCGGAAGGCAUGCCUCCUGGACAUGUACGACGGCUAUGUGCGUUUGCGAAGGGCUAUCGCACCUCCUUCCAAAGGCUUCUUGGAGCUAUGUGAUGUCGCGGACUUUAUCAACAGUCCACCUACUGUGGAACAAGGAAACGACACCGAAGCUUGUCGUGCUUUCGCCGACAAAAUUCCCGAGUUGUGCGCCGGAUAUAUCCAUGAAACGAAGCUCGCGCUUACUCAACUCCUUGGCACCUCCACCGACGUAUUGCAAGAUACCCUGACGCUACAAAAUCAGGGUGCUGACGUCCCUGACGAGACAUCACUACAACUAGCCACUUCUAUUUUCCGAUGCACUCUCUCGCACCUUGUCCCUCUGAUCACAUGGGACAGUGUGCAGAAUCACAAAUGCUAUUCUUUCGGAUAUCGCACAGCGUCUUGCACAUUUUCGAUCUCUCAGCCCGGGAUUGCCGCAGCUCGCUCUUUAUUAAGCUUAGUUGGUCUUGAUGCCAAAACUACGACUGCAACCACAAUGGAUCAGCUCCAGUGUCACUUUUUUUGCUCCAACUGUCCACCCAAGCCAGAGAAUGGAGGAUCCUACCGAAUGGCGAUGGACUGGCGUCGGAGUGUCAUCCAUCACGUCGAGCAAUCGCAUGCAGAGCCUCGUUGGGAGCUCUUGAGUGCUGCGCAACUAAAAGACAUCAAACAUCCCGAAUAUCCCAGAGCUAGUGAUCGAGUGUGGUGUUGUAACAAGUGCGAUAGACAUCGCGAAAACCCAGUUAACAAGGCUAAUGUCAUCGACCAUGUCCGAUGGCAUGGAAUCACCACUCCGAAUCAAGGAGUCGACUUUAGCUAUGACCAGGCUUCCGUAGGGCUACCGCCACCAGGAACGAAAUUCUUCGUUACCCCCCCUCAGACUAGGCCAGCCUACGACCACAAUAAAUUGUCAAAAAAUAAAAAAAACCCUCAGCCCGGCCAGCAGUAUCGUUGCCAACCUUGCAAUCGCCCGCGAACUUUCUUGUUGCACGGUAUCCAGCAGCAUCUCCAAGCCAAGUACAAAAUGCAUUCUAUCAAGUCGUACCCUAUUCAUCGAAUUGUCUUCAGGCACAAAAUCAGCUCCCCAGUCGAAGGGGAGCACUUCUCUAAAGUCAAUUAA